AUGACCGGUUACAGCUUGGCGCAAGUUUUGGCAGAAGCCAGUCGUUCUGUUGUUUCAAGAAACAACGUUUUCUAUACAACUCCAUCCAAAUCUGAAAACUCCGGUAUUUCCUUGGAACUUUCCAAAACCGAUGCAAUCAGGUUGCUUAACAGUAAUGACCCAUUCGCAACUAUCUCUGAAGCUGCUUCCAAAGAUGUAUUUACUACAGUUUUUACAGAUGAUUCAACAUUGCUGAAGGCUCUUCCUUACCUAUACAGCUUGAAAUCUCUUCCGGUUGUUAUCAACGUGGAGUUGACAUUGCAAGAUUUUUCAAUUAUUCCUGCUUUGAAAGAUUUGGAUUAUGUUAGUUUUGUCUCCAACAGUUUUGCUGAUGCUAAGGCUGCUGCGGAGGUUUCAUACAAGGUAGCUUCUACCUUAUUACAGCCUGUGCUACAUUUUAUCAGUGUUCCUUAUCACGUCGAAGGAAUCGCUGAAUUAUCCUUUCAAAAAGCUGAAUUUACAGAAGAUGAAGAAGCUGAAUCAGAAAGACUUGAAGAUUUGCUCACCGUUGAAAAAUACAAUUUCUAUUCUCAUAACAAGCUGCCUUCUACAGUCGUGAUAAAUUUAUCGCCAUAUGCCCAAGAAUUCUCGGAGUCACUACCAAAGGAUACAGCAUUGAUAGAUCUCAAGGUCUACAGACCUUUCGAUUUGACUUCUCUUCUUGCAGAGAUCCCAACAUCUGUUAAAGAUAUUGUUAUUGUUCAAAAAUCUAACAGCAAGCCGGAGAAUACCAAUGGAUUCGAACCAAUCCAACUAGAUUUUUUCUCUGAUUUUAAUUUACUUGUUGAAAGAGAGAUCAAGCAAAUCGUUGUCUCUAACGUUGGGGAAAUCACCGAUUUUUCCAAAACUCUGCAACAGUUAAUUUCCAACAUCAAGUCAGACUCUCCCGAUCUCUCUUUAUACCUAGGAGAACGUGUUGAAACUGAAGCUACACAAGGUUUAUCAAUCUCAAUUGCAGGUGCUCUUUCACUGGAAUUCGCUUAUGAAAAGGUCUUAAACCAACUCUUCAAAUCGAACUUAGAUGUAUUGAACAAAUACGACAACGAAAGUGUCAAUGUCACCAACCCAGAAUAUGGAUUUGGUCUAUUUUUGAAGCAAAAGCAAGAACGUGAUUCCUUGAUUUCAUUGGCCAAUAAAUCAUUGAAUGCUUCAGAAUAUACUUCAAGUGAUGGUCAGAAAAUUGUUGAACUUCUUGAUCAAUGGAUUAAGUUGAAUAAUGUUGCUCUAGAAGAGUCCACGAUUGAAAAGGGAAACAAAGUUGCAGAAGAGCUAUUCGAGUUACUACAAAACAACGAUCAUUCAUCUACUGCUCUCUCUCUAUUGAAAAAAAUUGGAUCAGUGGAGGCGUUGAAAUUUAAGUCUUCAUGGCUUGUCGGAUCAGAUGCUUGGUCUUACGAUCUCGGUCAGUCUGGUGUCCACCAUGUGCUCGCUUCUAAUGAGAAUAUCAACAUUCUAAUCAUCGAUUCCGAUCCAUAUGAUAAAGUAAAAGCCUCUGAGAUUAAAUCUAGAAAGAAAGACGUUGGUCUCUACGCUAUGAACUUUGGUAACGCUUACGUCGCAUCUGUUGCUGUUUAUUCAUCAUACACACAGCUACUUACAUCAUUUGUCGAAGCUUCUAAAUUUGUUGGACCAUCAAUCAUUCUAGCGUACUUGCCAUACAACUCAGAAAGAGACACUCCACUAGAAGUUUUAAAAGAAACCAAAAUUGGUGUCGAAAGUGGUUACUGGCCUUUAUACAGGUUUAACCCUUACGAAGAACGCGACGACCAAGUUUUCAAAUUGGACUCCUCUGUUAUCAAACAACAACUGAAGGACUUUUUAGACCGAGAGAAUAAGCUCACUCUUCUAGCUCAAAAGUCCCCAGAGCUUGCCAGAAAUUUGAAGCAUUCCGCCUCAGAUGCGAUUCAAUUGAAACAAGACAGAAGGGCUAAAGCAGCAUUCGAUCAACUCUUAGAAGGUCUCUCUGGCCCUCCUCUUCACAUUUAUCAUGCUUCUGACGGUGGCAAUGCAGCUAAUUUAGCAAAAAGAUUGGGUACAAGGGCAUCUGCUAGAGGUCUAAAAACUAUUGUACUAUCAAUGGAAGACAUUGUUCUAGAAGAGUUACCAGGUGAAGAGAAUGUUGUAUUUAUAACGUCAACUGCUGGUCAAGGUGAAUUCCCUCAAGAUGGUAAGGCAUUUUGGGAUGCUCUGAAGUCUUCUACUGACCUCGAUUUAGCUUCUUUGAAUUUCUCCGUGUUUGGUUUAGGUGACUCUGCAUACUGGCCACGUAAGGAAGACGCCCAUUACUACAACAAACCCGCUAAGGAUUUGUUCAAGAGAUUAGAAUUGCUUUCUGGUCAAGAACUAGUUUCUUUGGGAUUGGGUGAUGACCAGGAUGCCGAUGGUUAUCAAACAGGCUAUGCUGUGUGGGAAGCUCAGCUCUGGGAGAAACUUGGUGUUUCCGGUGCAACUGUCCCUGAUGAACCAAAGCCGAUCACCAAUGAAGAUAUCAAAAUUGCUUCCAAUUUCCUCAGAGAUACAAUUGUGGAAGGGCUACAAGAUGAAUCAACUGGUGCAAUUUCUGCGUGGGAUCAGCAAUUAACCAAGUUCCAUGGUAUCUAUAUGCAAGAUGAUCGUGAUAUAAGAGACACUAGGAAGAGUCAAGGUCUUGAACCUUAUUACAUUUUCAUGUCAAGAGUUAGAUUACCAGGUGGAAAGGCCAAUCCAGAUCAAUGGUUGAUUCUUGAUCACUUAGCAGACAAAACUGGUAACGGUACAGUUAAAAUUACCACCAGAGCAACUUUCCAAUUGCAUGGUGUUGUUAAGCACAAUUUAAAGCACACUAUCAGAGCUAUGAAUUCCACCUUGAUGGACACUUUAGCGGCGUGUGGUGAUGUUAACAGAAAUGUCAUGCUUUCUGCUUUGCCUGCUAAUGCCACGGUUCACAAACAAAUUGCAGACGUUGGUACAUAUCUUUCUGAACGUUUCUUGCCUCAAACAACGGCGUAUCACGAAAUUUGGUUAGAGGGUCCAGACAAGGAUGAUGAAGAUCCUUCUUGGCCAGAGACCUACGAGAAAAGACAAGAAGGUCCUAUAAAGAAGAAGAAAACUCUUGUUGCCGGUAAUGCAUUAGUUGAUGCGGAACCAGUCUAUGGUCCAACAUACUUACCAAGAAAGUUCAAGAUCAAUAUUACUGUUCCACCUUUCAAUGAUGUCGAUGUGUGGUCCAGUGACGUUGGUUUGAUUGCUAUAAUUGAUGAACCAACUCAAACUCUAACAGGUUUCAAUCUCUAUGUUGGUGGUGGUAUGGGGAGUACCCACAACAACAAAAAGACAUACCCAAGAACAGGUUCGUUGUUCGGGUAUGUCUCCGUAGCAGAUGUGGGAGAUGCCAUUGAAAAGGUGAUGAUUGUUCAAAGAGAUCAUGGUGAUCGUACCAACCGUAAGCACGCUCGUUUAAAGUACACUGUUGAUGAUUUGACCAUUGAAGGUUACAAGCAGAAGGUCGAAGAACUAUGGGGCAAGAAGUUUGAACCUGCUGCUGCGUAUGAGAUCAAAUCAAACAUUGAUUACUUCGGUUGGGUAAAGGAUGAAACUGGACUAAAUCAUUUCACUGCCUUCAUUGAAAAUGGUAGAGUGGAAGAUACAGUAGAGCUGCCUCAGUAA